GGUUGGGAAGCAGAGGGGAUCAGUGUCUGCAGGAGUCAGUUUGGAGUUUGAUGUGCUCAGAGCAGGGACGGACCUCGGCCAGAUAACUCAAGGAAGGGGAGAUACAUCUCUUACUCGUGGCAGAAAGGAAGAGGAACUGACACAAAGCAGAGUUCCAAACAGAACAGAAAGAGAUGUCUUCACCAGUGCAGCUCUUCAGAGAUCAGAAGUACCAGGAGCUGAAGGAGCAGUGUAUCCAGCAGGGACGGCUCUUCGAGGAUCCCGAGUUCCCAGCCUCGGAUGAAUCCCUCUUCUAUCAGUCAGCACCACCAAGGAAAGUUGAAUGGAAGCGCCCAAAGGACCUCUGUGAAGACCCCCACCUGUUUGUGAAUGGAAUCAGCUCCCACGACUUACACCAAGGCAUCCUUGGGAACUGCUGGUUUGUGGCUGCAUGCUCCUGCUUGGCUCUGGGGAAGACCCUCUGGCAGCAGGUGAUUCCAGACUUCAGCGAACAAGAAUGGGACCCGAAAACCCCCGAGAGAUACGCCGGGAUCUUCCGGUUCCGCUUCUGGUGCUUUGGGGAAUGGACAGAGGUGGUGGUUGAUGAUCAGCUGCCAACAAUGGACGGGAAGUUGAUCUACUGCCAUUCCAAUGUGAAAAAUGAAUUCUGGAGUGCAUUGUUGGAGAAAGCUUAUGCAAAGCUGGCUGGCUCUUACGAAGCCUUAGAUGGAGGCAGUGCUGCAGAUGCAAUUGUGGAUUUCACUGGAGCAGUGGCAGAAUCUAUUGAUUUGGUACAGGGCAAAUAUGGAGAGAUAAUUUCUGAGCAGAUGAAGCUGUUUGAAGACUUGCUGAAAGCGCAUAAAAGAGGCGGGUUGAUCAGCUGCUCCAUCACGCCUUCCUCAGGCAGAGCCAGUGAAGUGGAGACAGAGCUGGGUCUCGUCGUGGGCCAUGCCUACUCGGUGACUGCGAUUCGGAAGCUGCGCCUUGGGGAAAGGCUCAUCUUCUCUUUUAAGGCAGAAAAGCUCUUCAUGAUCAGGCUGAGGAAUCCCUGGGGAAAAAGAGAGUGGAACGGCCCCUGGAGCGACAGUUCUGAGGAGUGGAAGAAAGUCAGCAGUUCAGAACGUAAGAGCUUGGGACUCACUCUGGAGAAUGAUGGAGAGUUCUGGAUGACUUUUGAGGACUGGUGUAAGAAUUUCACUGAUGUGGACAUCUGCAGGAUUGUGAAUACCUCCUACUUCAGCAUCCACAAGACCUGGGAGAAGAAAAUGAUGCAUGGGGCUUGGACAAAGGAUUCAGAGCCCCUGCUAAAUCGCUGUGGUGGAUGCUUUGAUAACAAAGAGACCUUCCUUCAGAACCCCCAGUACAUCUUUGAUGUUAAGAAGACUGAGGACAAAGUGUUGGUCUCAUUGCAACAGGAGGAUCGGCGCAAGUACAAGAAAGAAGGGAAAGGAGACAGCAUCCCAAUUGGCUUUGAAAUAUUGAAGGUGGAGGAUAACAGGAGCUACAGGCUACACAAGCUGACUGUGCAGGAGAGAGUGGCCACGUCUCCGUACAUCAACACACGCACUGUGUUCCUGAAGAGGGUCCUUAAGCAAGGCCGCUACGUCCUCAUCCCAACUACAUUCCAUCCUGGCAUCCUCACAAGGUUCAUCCUGAGGCUCUUCACAGAUGUGCCAUCAAAACUCAGGGAGCUGAAGGCAGAUAAGCCCAAAAUGACGUGUUGGAGUCUUCUUUGUGGCUAUCCACGCAGAGUCACCCAAAUCAAAAUUCACUCAGCAGAGGGUUUACAGAAGCAGGACAGAGCAGGAGGAGCAGAUCCCUAUGUGCUCAUCAAGUGUGAGAAGCAGAGCGUGCGCUCUCCUGUGCAGCGCGAUGCUGCCUGUGCCGUCUUCAACACACAGGCGAUAUUCUACAGGAAGAACAUCGACAGUCCAGUCAUUGUCCAGGUCUGGAACAGCAACGUCCUGUGUGACCAGUUCCUGGGACAGGCAGUGCUGGCAGCUUCACCCAGUGACCCCAGAGAGAAGCAGACUCUGCAGCUCCGAGGGAGAGGCGGCCGAGAAGCAGCCGAGGUGCCAGGUCACAUCAUCGUCAGGGUUUUUUCCAGCGAUGACCUCGCGGAGCUCUGAAUAGCAAAGCCCUGCAGAGCCAGACAGAGCUGUCACCUCCCAGCAGGAGGGCUCGUCUGUGCUUUCUGUGUCAACGACUCGGGAGCAAAGGUUGCACAUCAUCAUAAUGGCUUUAAAAAGAAAAAGCCCUCCAACACUCCACAUGAUGGUGGAUAAUGGGGAGAGAAGCUUUUAAAGGGGGAGGAGUACAUGUUUAUACUAUAUAUCUUAGUGAUACAGCACGUACAGCAGAAGAGGGGCUGAACUAAAUCACAGAAUCACAGAAUGGUGGGGUUUGAAGGGACCUUUAGAGAUCAUCCAGUCCAACCCCCCUGCAGAAGCAGGGUCACCUAGAUCAUGUCACAUAGGAACGUGUCCAGGUGGGUCUUGAAGACCUCCAAGGAAGGAGCCUGCACAACCCCUCUGGGCAGCCUGUGCCAGGGCUCCCUCACCUCACAGUGAAAUAGUGUUUUCUUAUGUUUAAGUGGAACUUUUUGUGUUCCAGCUUCAUCCCAUCACCCCUUGUCCUGUUGCUGGCUACUAUAGAAAAGAGGGAUGUCCCAACCUCCUGACACCCACCCUUUAGAUAUUUAUAAAUGUUAAUAAGAUCCCCCCUCAGUCUCCUCUUCUCCAGACUAAACAGCCCCAGUUCCCACAGCCUUUCCUCGUAUGAAAGGGGCUGCCCAGAUGGGCUGUGGAGGCUCCUUCUCUGGAGACAUUCCAACCCAGCUGGACAGUUCCUGUGUGCCCUGCUCUAGGUGGUGCUGCUCUGGCAGGGGGUUGGGCUGGGUGAGCUUUGCAGGUCCCUUCCAGCCCUGGAGAUUUUGGGAUUGACUCUGGGAUUGAUUUUGUGAUGGAUUUUGUGAUGGAUUCUGGGAUUGAUUCUGGGAUUCUGGGAUGGAUUCUGUGAUUGUUUCUGUGAUUCUAUGAUUGAUUCGGGAUUGAUUCAGUGUUUGAUUUGGGAUUUGAUUCUGGGAUUGAUUCUGGGUUUGACUCAGUGUUUGAUGCAGGGAUUGAUUCGGGGUUUGUUUGAUUCCGGGUUUGAUUCCGGGUUUGAUUCUGGGAUUGAUUCGGGGUUUGAUUCUGGGAUUGAUUCAGUGUUUGAUUCGGGGUUUGAUUCUGGGUUUGACUCAGUGUUUGAUGCAGGGAUUGGUUCGGGGUUUGAUUCGGGGUUUGAUGCAGGGAUUGAUUCGGGGUUUGAUUCGGGGUUUGAUUCGGUGUUUGAUGCAGGGAUUGGUUCGGGGUUUGUUUGAUUCGGGGUUUGAUUCUGGGAUUGAUUCGGGGUUUGAUUCUGGGAUUGAUUCAGUGUUUGAUUCGGGGUUUGAUUCUGGGUUUGACUCAGUGUUUGAUGCAGGGAUUGGUUCGGGGUUUGAUUCGGGGUUUGAUGCAGGGAUUGAUUCGGGGUUUGAUUCGGAGUUUGAUUCGGUGUUUGAUGCAGGGAUUGGUUCGGGGUUUGAUUCGGGGUUUGAUGAAGGGUUUGAUGCAGGGAUCGGUUCGGGGUUUGAUUCGGGGAUUGAUUCUGGGAUUGGUUCGGGGUUUGAUGCAGGGAUCGGUUCGGUGUUUGAUUCGGGGUUUGAUGCAGGGAUCGGUUCGGGGUUUGAUUCUGUGACCGGCUCCGUGAGCCCUGACGGAGGCUCGGGCCGCAGCCAAGGCCUGGCGCAGCCGCAGGGGGGCGCGUGCCGCCGGCGGCCAUGGCGGGAGGGAGGGGCGGCCGCCAUUUUGGGCGCGGGACGGAGUGACAGCCCCGCACGGGUUCUCCGCUGUUGUGUCUGUAGUCUCCCUAGUAACGAGCACCAGAACAAGAGCAAACGGCCCCAGGUUGCACCAGGGGGCGUUCAGGAUGGAUGUGAGGAGGAAUUGCUUUGCUGCCAGGGCUGUCAGGCAUUGGAACAGCUGCUGGAGCCACAGGGAGGGGUUUCAGAGCCGGGUGGGUGCUGCGCUGAGGGCAGCGGGCUGGUGGGUGAUGGGGCUGGGACAGAGGCUGCACUCCAUGGCUGAAAGGUCUCUUCCAGCUGAAAUGAUUCUGUGAUUCUAAAACACAGAGACCGCCUCGAGGGCACCUCUGACGUGUCUGCUGUGAGGUGUGUAUGUAUAAACGUGGAUGGAUAAGGGUGGGUGUUGUUUAUGGAAAGGUGUCUGUGCAUAUAAAAACGGACCAUAUAUCAAUGGCCAGGGAAAUGUAAUCAAUUCAAGGGUCUGUGUGUAUGUGUACAGUGACAAGGGUAAGGGAAGGAAAAAAGCUGAAACACAAACAAUUCCAUUUAAACACAAGGAAAAACUAGUUAAGUGCUGAGGUGAGGGAGCCCUGGCCCAGGCUGCCCAGGGAGGGUGUGGAGGCUCCUUCUCAGGAGGUUUCCAAACCCACCUACACACGUUCCUGUGCGACCUGAUCUAGGUGGGAGCUGCUUUAGCACGGGAGUUGGACUGGGUGAUGUCUAAAGGUCCCUUCCAACCCCCACCAUUCUAUGAUUCCAUGUGUCUAUAUAUUCUGUAAUAUAUAGAAUCAGCACUAGGUUGGAAGGGGCUGAAGGAUCAUCUGGUCAAACCUUUCUCAGCCAAAGUAUGGUCUAGACCAGACAGCCCAGCACCCCAUCCAGCCAAAGCUGACAGUGUCCAGUUGUCCCAGUGGGGUCAUUUACUUGGUGUGUGAGAUGCCAACACACACAGAACAGAGGUGGUUUAGUGCCUAUUUGCACCAAUAUAGCUGCUAGGUGGUAAUCCACAAAGCCAGCACGCCCCAGCACUGCCUCCUGUGCUGUACUUGUGUUAACAUGUAGGCUGGCAUGAAUAGCAGCUCUGGAUUUGUCUAGCUCUAUAUACAUGGGCUUUGAUAAAUAUGUAUAAAAUGGCAGUGUUUUUGGUAUGCAUAUAUAUGUAUGUGAACACAUUGAAUCAUAGAAUCAUUUCAGUUGGAAAAGACCUUUAAGAUCAAGUCCAAGCCCUCCCCUCACCCUGCCCAGCCCACCAACUAACCCACGGCCCUCAGCACCUCGGCUCCAGGGCUGGGCACUCCCCCAGCUCCCUGGGCAGCCUGGCACAGGGGCUGACAACCCUCUCAGAGAAAAAGUUCUGCCUCAGCUACAAUCUAAACAUCCCCUGGGCCAACUUGAGGCCAUUUCCUCUAGUCAUUACUGGGGAGUAGAGACUGACCCCCAGCUCACUGCAGCCUCCUGUCAGGGAGUUGCAGAGUGCUCCCGUCUCCUCUCAGCCUCUUCUUCUCCAGCCUUUCUGCUUUGGUAGAUGUGAGAUUCAAGGAGCUGCAGGAGCAGAGGGCAAAAUGUGCUUGUGGCAGGGUAAGUCCUGUUUCAUGACAACACCCAUUUGAAGCCAGCUGAAGUCUUUCUGCCCGUGUCCCUUCAGCCAGGAGCCGGUGGAGCAGCAGCGGCCCAGCCCCUGGGAAGAGCUGCAGCCACACACACCCCACUGGUAUUUAUAACUUUUAUUUGCAAUACUUUAGGUCCAAGUUUCAAACUGCAAUAUUUUUACACUCAAGACACAGUCAUGCACAAUCCAUAGUUCAAUUUUCUAUUGCUUCAACCACAAUUUAAAAUAACUUAAUAUUGGAAACAAAACCCCAAAAUCUUAAAAAAAAAGAAGGAUGCUGAGGUCAGUCAGAUGGAUCCAUGCCAUCAGCACAUUUACAAAGUAAAUAACUUAGUUCUCCUUUUAAAAAGAUCAGUCACCUCCUAAUCCAAAGUUACAGAAGAUGUUUUUCACUACACAUUUGUUUGUUUUUAUCUUUUUCCUUUUUUUCCUGUUUUUUUCUUUUUUUGCUUUUUCUUUCUGGUUUUUGUUGGGUUUUUUUUAAACAGAUAACACGUCCUAAAAAAGGAAUGUACAGCAAAAUGAGAUACAUUUCUGAUCAACAAUGAGAAUGGAGGCUCCUCCUCUCUUCACUUUUGUCUGGAUACCCUGAAGAAAAGAAAAAACAACCACCCUAGCAGCCACCAGCACAGGUGGACGCUGGUUGCUUCGGGCUAAACUGGAGUUCAGCAUUGGUUACACCCCCGUCCAGUCAAGAGCUGCAGGAUUCUUUCGCAGGAUCUUCCUGAAGUAUGUGUAUGGUGUGUGCACACACAGCAGCUGCAGCACCAGCACAGCUCCCAGCUCGUGCCUCUGCCCAGGAAGGGGUGUUCUGGCACUGGGGGCCGUGGUGUGCGUGGGCCUUUGCUGCUCCUUCCCUCCUGGAGCAGCUCCAGACACCAGCAGCUUGGACGGUCGCACUUGAAGAGCUGAGAGGCUCGUUUUCCCCUCCCUGUUGUUGUGCUGGGGCCUGAUUUAGCAGCAUUUGCUUGACAUUAAAGUAACCAGCGUGACAAAAUAGUUGCCUUUGUGCUCAAAGGUAAAUCAUCUGGGCAGACAUGGAUGUAAGAGACCUGCAUGCUUCCUAGUCGCUGUGUCAGCCCACCUCUGACCUGGGCAGCCUCAUGGGAUGGAGAGUGAGAGCAGUGGGCAGCAACCACACACCCCUGUAGGGAGGGACCUCCGCUGGGCCAGGGCACUGGCAGCACCUGCUGAUCAAACAACCAGUUCUGCUGCUGGCUAAAGCCAACACCAAACUGUCACAGACUUGGGUGGGAGCAGCAGUGCCAGCACCUGAUCCCCACGCUGCAGCUGGACUGGACAAAUGACACACACAACAUGCAGCAGCAAAAAAAGACCUGACUUGAAAAAAAACAACCACCUGCCACUUCUCCCUCCUGUCUGUGAUGGUGUCACACCAGCCUGAGGCACCUGGGAGCCCCCAAGGCCAGUGUGGGCUUCAGAGGACAGGCUCUUGGAGGUUAUGCACACAAUGGAGGUGAGAACUCCCUCUCCAGAUCAAGUCUAGAAUGAAAAGGCUGCUGUGAACAGAGGGGUCAAAGAGCAGAGACGUGAGAGGCUCAAGCACUUCAUGGGAGCCAGUUACACAGCCUUGGUCAGCAGCCACCGAGCACAGGGAGAGGGACCAAAGCAGAGAGAGGGCAAACAGUGAGACCUGUGAGGGAUGAAAUGCCACUUAGGCUCCCUCCUUAGGAAAACUGUUUCAAGCCCCUGAAAGGAGUGAAGGACAGAGAGGAGGUGACAAGCAAUACUCCUCAGCUCAUCCACCUCCUCCCUUCUACAGGAAGAAACCUGAUUAAUUGUGUCUCCCACAGGGUAGUCUCAAUUCAGCAGUAGCAGCACUAGGAGCUCAAGUAGUGGAAGUCAGCCACAAGAGCUGACCAAGAGUAAACUUUUUGCUUAAAACUAAUGUUGCUGAGAGGCAGCUGUCUGGCAACUAGAAUCACAAAAUCAUUGAGGUUGCUAAAGACUUUUACAAGCAUUGUCUCCAACCAUGCCCCAGCACUGCCACAGCCACCACUAACCCCUGUCCCUCAGUGCUUUGGGACCUCUCCAGGGAUGGGCACUCCCCCACUGCCCUGGGCAGCCUGGCACAGGGCUUGACCACUCUUUGGUGAAGAGAUAUUUUCCUAAUAUCCAAUCUAAACCUGCCCUUGCCCAACACUGAACACAACACUUGAGGUGCAGCCUCAGGGGAUGAGUCCUUCUCCAGUCCUGCUGCCACAGCAGAGAGUGCUGCUGUCUCCCCUCAGCCUCCUCCAGGCUCAACACCCCCAUUCCCUCAGCCCCUCCCCAGCACCCUUGUGCUCCAGCCCCUUCCUCAGCUCUGGCCACGCUGCAGCCCCUCAGUGUCCCUCUGGCAGUGAGUGAGGCGCCCAACACUGAACACAGCUCUGGAGCUGCAGCCUCCCCAGUGCUUUCUCCCCCACAUCCAGUGAAGGAUGGAGAUUUCCUGACCCUUCCAUUUGCUGCAAAGGGACGUACAGAAAUAGUUGGGCUUUGGCCUGAUUUCCUCUCUGCAUAACCUCAUCCUUGUAGCCCUUGAGUUGUGUUCCCUUUUCUUCCAAAGGUCAUGAACUUGCUUUAUUCUCCUGAUUCUUACCCAAAAACACUCCACCCUCAUUAAGCUCUAGACAGUCAAAACACUCCCUAAUAUGCAGGGCUGCCCACUGCCUCUGCCUCUUCCCGAGCCUUUCCUCGCCCUUCCCUGCAAGUGCAAGGGCAGAGGAGAACGCUGCUGAUGCUCCCGAUCCCUUAACCAGUCCUCCCCAGACCCUGAAGUGUCUCGACUGCCCUCAGAUGUCUUGCUGUAUCUCCAUGGCUGCCUACCUGAAAAAUCACUGAUGGACAGUAGCUGAGGGCUGUCCCAGGGCAGGAGCUUUCUCUUCCCAUCUCUAACCCAGGCCCCAGGGGGGCAGCAGACUCCCCUAAGAAGUGGCUCCUGUAGGGGGUCCUGCUUUUGGGCCUUCUCUUCCCCUCGGGGGAGAGUCUUCUGCGAUGGUGACCCACCUUUCCUCCUUUACGGAAGCAGUUCUGACGUGGGGCAUAGGCCAACUUCAUCUCAGCAACGCCUCCAUGCGAGAUGAACCAUCAUCCUCGUUGGGUCGUGCUUGCAGAGCCCCAUCCCUCUGACGUGGGGGUACCUGGGGAGGGCAGUGACAGAGACAGUGGCUGCCACAGCUUCUGGCCUAGCCCAGGUGCCCUCAGCUGCUGUGGCUCCCAGCAGGACUCCUGGCUUCCCUGGACGUUCCCUUGGCACAGGACACCAGAGCACGUUACUGGGUUUUGAGACCUGUUGUGCUGCCCGGGAACCCAGGAGAGGCCCAUCCACGCUUGGCUGGGACCGCGGCUCAGCCGGGCCACGCAGCACGAGCAUGGGCAGGGCAGCGACCUGACAACUGCAACACAAAGGCUGGGACUAAGGGACAAACCAAAGCCAAACAAGACAAUGGCUCAAUUCAGAAACAGCCCAAGCACCCUCCGUUCCUACUGGCAAAACAUGAAGGAGGACAGUACCUCGGGGGCUCCUUAGCCCUUGGCAGGACCAGGCCUGAACAUGAAGAUCAACAGCAGGAAGCUGCUUUACUCUUUUGCUUUGUUCUUUUUCCUCGCUGGGGGGCUGUUGCUUCGAUUGCUGGUUGUGAAGGUCUCUGCUUGGUUGUACUACUAACACACAGCCUCACAUACCCCAUGCAAAUGCUGUUUCUGAGCAAAGCCACACUGCGUCUUUCUUUCAGAAACGAAUAAAUAAACCACAAACUGCACACUGAAAACUGCUCUGCUCCCUCCCAGAGCAGCUGCAGCUGACUAGGCAAGCGCAAUCCUCAGUCACACCCAGGAUUCCCCCUCUCCCAGCGGCACUGGGCAGUGCUGGCUGGACACAGGACAGCAGGAUGCCUGGUGCCUCAGGAGGUGCCUGCAGCCCACUCUGCAUUUCACACGCUCUCACUCAGCGCAGCUCCAGCUGCAAUGUGCUUCCUGCCCAGGCUCACCCAGAGCUCAGCUGUGGCUCUUGUCUGCCUGAAGGAGCCUGACCUGUGCGUGGGCAGCACAGGCACUACCCAUCUCUCCCAGGAGCUCCAGGCUGACCAGGAAAGCAGCCAUGCUCAGACCAGACACCACCACUCUGCUGUUUGCCCCCCUGCACACACUCAUUUGCAGUUUGGCUCUGGCAGGGGUGGCCAGUCGGGUCCCAGCACUGCUCUGUGCUGCUUGUGCUACAAACAACCUGGGGCUGCGGCUGCCGGGGAUGCUCUGUGCUCUGCACGGGGUCCUUGUGGACUCAGCUCUCCUUGAGCCUGCUCUCACCUCACGAUUCUCUCCCAGCUUUGCAUCAGAAGAGCCCUUUCUCAGCACACUCACUGAUCCUUCUCUCAUCCAGGCAAACAGAUUACAAUUAACUAUACGAAUCAAACUGUUGAGGACCGAAACACUGUACCUUCCCAGCCGAAACACUGCACCUUCCCAGCCAAAACACUGUGCCUUCCCAGCCAAAACACUGUGCCUUCCCAGCCGGCAGCCUGCAUCUCCCGGGGUGUGUGGCCUGCCCCACUCUCGACUCAGUGUUGGUUGGAAAAGCAAUUUUCACUUCCCUUCUCAAGCAGAAGUAGUGUGAGAGAGCAAACACCAGCGAGUGGGCUGGAUUCACAAGGCAGUGCAGUCUGGAAUUAUGAAUGAAGACCCUUCUCCGAUCCCAACCCAUACCCCAGAAAAAUCAUAAAAGGGACUUUCCAUCUUUAAGAAACAACUGACGAUUUAAAAGUGAAUGUACAGCUUAUUCACAGGGUGAGAAGGAAGGGAAUCUUCCAACUGAAUUUGCUUCACCUUGGAAAUGGUUGAGGCAGCAAAGCAUUGUCG